AUGCCAGUGUCGCCUUCACCUAUAGCGCCAGAGGAGUCAUCCAAAGAGGAACCAUUCGAGGAGCAGGAACCCCUUGAGGAGGAUGAGGCACCUGAGAGAGCAAAUGAAGAGGGUCCAAUCGACAGUUCCCCAUAUUCAGAUUCAUCAUCCAGUGAUGACCCCACAUAUUACGAGUGGAGUAAGGUUCAGGUUGAGGAAUGCACCACCUUAGAGAUUGGUUUAGAGCCCUUACAGCAAGUAGAGAGAGCAGCUUCACCUCCAUUAUCACCUAUAGCCUCGAAAAUACUUUUCCUCGCCUAUAAAUGGACUCCCCAGAUAGAGGUGUGGAUUAUGGAGGAUAGCAUCAGAGUUUACGAGGUAAGAGAGUCAUCUCAGGAACCUUUACAAGAUCCCAUCCCAGAGUCACCGACCGAUUGGGCGAUAUCAGUAUUAGUUCCACGAGUAGCCCGACAUGCAAAUAAGAUGCAUUGUACAGAAGAUGAUCUUUUCUCAUUGAGGAUGGAGGUUAGAUUAUUGACUAAUAGAGUUUAUGAGCUUAGGUGA